GUAAACACCUACACGGAACAGAAUCGAGGAGAAGGGCUGCAGGCGGCAGGACCGCGCAGAUUUCCUUUGCUAAUUCAUCAGCUGUGAAUGGGAAAGCUUGCAUGAUAUACCCUCUGCUGACUCGGUAGCCUAGCAAGGUAGAGUCCGGAAGAAAAGCCAGUCCUGGUUGUUUCAUUGUUUGCAAAGGGGACGGAGGAGGCAGCUCGUCAGCGCCUGUCGACGACCAUGGCAGCAGCGACCGUUGUGGAGGCUGAUCCGGCGACGAGCGAAGGAGGCGCCGCUUUCUCCGGCGUCCAGAGCAGGGACUGGGAUGAAUCGCAACUCCGAAAAUAUUCUUUCCCAACCAAACCCAUCCCCAGACUGUCUCACACGGACCCCAGAGCAGAGAUGCUGAUUAAUAACGAGGAACCAGUGGUUUUAACGGAUACAAACCUUGUGUAUCCAGCUCUCAAAUGGGACAUUGCAUACCUCCUGGAGAACAUUGGAAAUGGAGACUUCUCUGUUUACACUGCGGAAAAUCACAAAUUUCUCUACUAUGAUGAGAAGAAAAUGUCAAAUUUUGAGAACUUUGUCCCCAAGUCACAACGAAUGGAAAUGAAAUUCUCUGAAUUUGUGGAUAAAAUGCAUAAAACGGAGGAAAUGGGAGGAGAGGAAAGAGUAUAUCUGCAGCAGACUCUGAAUGACACAGUAGGGAAGAAGAUUGUUGUUGACUUCCUUGGUUUCAACUGGAACUGGAUCAACAAGCAGCAAGCCAAGAGAAACUGGGGCCAGCUGACAUCUAACCUGCUGCUCAUAGGCAUGGAGGGCAACGUGACGCCAGCACAUUAUGACGAGCAGCAGAACUUCUUUGCACAGAUCAAAGGACAUAAGAGAUGUAUCCUCUUCCCUCCAGACCAGUUCGAAUGUCUCUAUCCGUACCCUGUGCAUCACCCCUGUGACAGACAGAGUCAAGUGGAUUUUGAUAACCCGGACUAUGAGAGGUUUCCCAAUUUUAAAAACGUUGUUGGCUAUGAGGCUAUUGUGGGCCCAGGAGAUGUGCUCUACAUCCCUAUGUAUUGGUGGCAUCACAUUGAAUCACUGUUGAACGGUGGAGUGACGAUCACUGUAAACUUCUGGUACAAAGGCGCCCCCACACCCAAGAGGAUAGAAUACCCUCUGCGAGCUCACCAGAAGGUGGCCAUCAUGAGAAAUAUUGAGAAGAUGCUGGGAGAAGCACUUGGAGACCCACAUGAGGUUGGACCUUUAUUGAAAACGAUGAUCAAGGGGCGAUAUGAGCAGGAUCACAGUUAGAGCCCCACCUUGAAAAACAUUGACUGGACUGCUUCGGAAACUGUAUGCGUGUGAAAGUGAGACUGCUGCGUGUGUAAUGCGCAUCCUGACUUUGGAGCUACAUAUCACUGCAUGGCAAAUAAGCGACCAUCUUGAAACCAUUCUGCUUCAGUCGUCUCCGAGUGCCAUUGUCAUUGCAAAUACGACAGUUAGAGAAGAAGCAUCUGAAUGGCUCAUGGGAAUUCGCCCGACUUGAAGAGGCCCUUUCUCUUCUGGCUCAAGUCUAGAUAUGUUAAUGCGAUUCAGUGUUCUGUCAACAGUCUCAUAAUUGAAGUUAAUGGUUAUUUGGGUGUAUUUGCUCACCCAGUCAGUAAACAAGUGAGAUCGGUACCUAUGGAGCAACCUCAAUAUUUUGACCACUAAUGGAUGAGUCAAUGGGUAUUAUAUAUAUAUAUAUAUAAAGUAGACAUCAGCCAAAUACAGGACAUUUCUUAGAUACAUGUAAAAACACAGUUGUGGCUUGAUUAUUAAAUGUGGAGUGACCAUAUUAUAUUCUGUCUUUAUCGCAGAGACAGUUUAACAGCAGAUAAGAUUCAUACCUGCAAAGGUGACAGGUCUUUUUAAGUGUCUUUGGAAUAUUUAUCUGUGUAAUCUACAUUAUCUCUACGUCCACAAAUGACAUGGUUUCAGGGAGUGAUCAGAGAGAAUUUUCUGUUGCAAAGAACACAGCAUAGGCACAGUAGUGAAAGACAGAAUUUACAGUGAUUAAAAACAGUGGUGAAAUAUGAUCAGAAAUAUGUGUGGGCGUACAAAAAGGGCGUUCAUAUAUUCAGCUGAAGGAAUAUGUGAUGGCUUGCAGCUAAAUUAUUUUAGCAGAGUGAUCGCUUUGUGUUUUAUUUAUGGUCUUGCUUGUUUGACUUAUAUUUCAAGGACUUUAUGGAAUUGUUAUCCUGCAUACCAGUAACAGGUUGG